UAAUCGACAAUAGACAUUCGAGUUUCGACUCUAUUCGGUGUCUGUGUACUUGUGUUGUGUGGUUGGUGUUAUGAAUAAAGUUUUGAGAAAAAGUCGUUUGAGUGAUAUUUAUAAAAUAAAACAAACAAAAUAAACGUUACAUUAUCUGCCAAACUGUGGUAAUUAAAUCUAGAAACAAAUUACAUACAUUGAUUCUUUGCGCUUUUAAUUUAAUAAAAAGAACGUCAACCUUUAAUUAAAAGCAGCCAGUAUUCUAUAAACAAACAGCUGUAGCUGUGUGCCUACACACUUGUUGCACCCACUUUCAAAAUGAUUGAAAUUUUACCUGUUUUGUGAGAAAGUGAACUUAUUAGCUUAUACAAAUACUACAUAAUUGUGUAUCGCUCAGUGUUCAUUUACCGUUACGAUUAUCUAGUUUCGUGGGAAACGUGUUGUUUAUAUAGUUAUCUUGAAAUACGUUACGAUGCACCUGCAGAUGCAUUGGAAUAUGUGUUGUUGAUGUGGUCCGGCCGCGAUGUGAUCGCAUUCCUGGUAUUUAUGUCGACGUAAAGACGAGCGCGCAGGUAAAAUGUGCACGAUUCAACAAGUUCGUAAAGAAUUAUGCCCAAAAUGACUCAUACGUGGUCGAUGGCAUGUCGAUAUUGUUUUGUUUUUAUGGAAUGCCAAACCGAUGAGUAAAUUGCAAGAAGGUAUGACAAUAGAAAAAAGUAUUGUCUAUGGCGAACUUUGAAAAGUAAUCGAAAUUCAAAAGAUGUGCUGAUUGGCGGGAUACCGACUGCUAGUGGUUUUAUAAAAUGAGUGAGAGUGUGUGAAAAAUGGCACAAAGUUCCGCAGAUUCAGACAGAUUGUCUUCAGCUGGUAUAUCAACACAUAGCUCAGGGACAGGGGCAGGCAAUGUGGGAGGCUCCGUUGUAGGAGUGAGGCCAGGGGAUGCCGGUCUGAAGAGAGAAGAUGAAGAGGAGUACAACCUUGGGCCCCUGCCCCCAAACUGGGAGAAAGCUUUCACACCAUCUGGAGAAGUUUAUUUCAUUGAUCACAACACGAGUACCUCGCACUGGCUGGACCCGCGACUGGCGCGGUUCCGGAAACACUCCCUAGGGGAGUGUGGGGAGGACGAGUUACCUUACGGCUGGGAGAUGGUCACGGACGAGCGGUAUGGCUCCUACUACGUGGAUCAUUUGAACCGGCGCACGCAGUAUGAGAAUCCAGUGUUGCAGGCGAGAAGGUUACGAGAAAGCGGUGGAAGCGGUCCACCGAACGGUCCGCCGCCCACAGGAGAGUUGCGAGGCGACAGAUUCACCGUCACACUCACUAAAGGACCACAGGGUUUAGGGUUCACGCUAAUUGGAGCUGAAGGUAUACCGGAGACGGAAGGCUACUUGCAGAUACGAAGCAUCGUCCCACACAGCCCCGCCUGGAUAGACGGUGCCCUCCGGCCCGGAGACCUGCUGGUGGGUGUGGGCAGUCGCGGCGUGCGCGGGCUCUCGCACGAGCAGGUCGCGCAGAUAUUCCAGAGCAUCACUCCCGGCACUGAGGUCGCGCUGCUGCUCGUGAGGGGUUAUCCUCUGGCGUUCGACUCCGAGGACCCGAACACGCGCGUGCUGCGCACGCUGGCGGUGGACGCCAGCGCCGCGCCCGACGCCGUCGCCAUGCAGCAGCUCACGCGGGCGCUGCGGACCAGAUUCAACCUGGAGUCCCCGCAGCCAGAGUCGGGCGGCGAGUCGCGCGAGUCCCGCGAGGCCGCGCACAGCCCGCACCGGCCCCACAGCCCGCACAGCCCGCACAGCCCCGCGCGGCGCCGCCUGCUGUCGCGCUCCUUCGACCUGGACGAGCUCGCCAACGGGGACACGGCGCAAGCACCGCCGCGGUGCCCUUCUGCGGACCACUUGCUGUCGCUUGCUAAUGGCUCAGGGUCGUCGUGUGGAGCGGGCGGGCGCGAGCUGUGCGUGACGCUGCGCCGCGGCAACACCGGCUUCGGCUUCACCGUCGCUGACAGCGUGCACGGCCAGAAGGUCAAGAAGGUAUUGGAUCGAAGUCGAUGCGCAGGAUUGCGUGAAGGUGACUUACUGCUGCAGAUAGGCGAUAAUGAUGUCAGACACGCGCCGCAUCAACAUGUCGUUCAGGUGCUGAAGGAGUGCCCGGCGCUGGCGGAGACGCGGCUGGUGGUGUGGCGCCGCGCCGCGCGCGCGCCGCGCAGCCGCUCCGCCACGCGCCUGCACCACGCGCCGGCAUCAAACAACAAUCAAGUAUGUCGUAGCAAAACACCGACUGCGGAACAGCUAAGAUCGCCAAUGUCGCACACACAGGACCCAUUGAGAGACCCGCACGACGACAUGAACUCUGUGGACGCAACAUACGCAGUGCCAGACCAUAAAAACCGCUCUCCGCGCGAAAGUCUCAUCGACCGGCGCCGGCGCAGCAGCACCCCCGGCUUCCGGGCAAUCCUCAGCGUCGUCACUCCCUGGACACAACCGCCAGACAACCAAUGGCAGGACAGAGACGCUCGCGACAACCGCGACACCCGUGACACCCACGACGCCUGGCUAGACAACUCUAAUAUCCGCAACUGGGCGGAAAGUGCUCAGAAAUGGGACGAGACGGGGCAGAAGUGGGUGGAGAACGGGCAGAAGUGGGAGGAAGGGAAUAACGGGAACUGGGACGGGAAUGGCGAGCGGUGGAACGGGAAUUGGGGCGAGAUACCGACGCCGACCGUGCAUGUUGAUAUGAAUGCGGCGUAUUGGCGGGGGAAUGCGAGUGUCGCUGAUAGCAGUGAUAAUGGAGGUUUCCCUGAAGAUGGAAUGCUGCACUCGCCAACUACGGCAGCCAUCGGCGGACUAACAUCACAUAGACAGUCUCCGUCCACCAGCCGCCUGAGACAGCAUUCUCCAUCGAAUUCAACAGGUCGUCUGAGAAGUCAUUCGCCUUCAAACAACAGCGCGACGGAGCGUCUCCUCACAAACUCGCCGUCCAACAGAUUGCAGAGCCAGUCGCCGUCCAACAACUCCUCCAACAGCAGGAUAAAGGGCUCUCCGCUGAGACUGCGAGAGAACUCCCCGUCGCGGCACAUGCACUCGCCGCUGCGCCAGUCGCCGUCGUGCUACGAGCCCGACGCGAUGGCGCAACCCAACUCUGUAUACGUGCCCAAUUAUCCACAGGUGGAGGUGGGGUCGGACCCGGGCGCGGACGUGGUGGUGCGGCUGGCGCGCGGCGCGGCCGGCUUCGGCUUCCGCAUCGUCGGCGGCGUCGAGGACGGCACGCGCGUCGCCGUCGGAUACGUCGUGCCCGGCGGCCCAGCAGACGGCUUGUUACGUCAAGGCGAUCUGUUGACGUCAGUGGACGGUAUACCGCUAGCAGGCGCGACGCACGCGAGAGCGGUCGCGUAUGUGUGCCAGGCGGCUACUAGGGGACAUGUUACGUUAGGCGUACGACACAACCGCGCCGACAUCCAGCCGCUGGGCGUGCCCUCUGUAGUCUCACCGCAUCAACACCAGCCUCUACUCGCCGCGGACCCGUCAGCUCAUCAGAUGCAGGGUGCACCGUUCAACAUCCUCCACCCCGCGCCCAUGUACCCGCCACAAGCACACGUGCAACCAAUGUACGGCGUUCAGUACGAGGGUGGCGCGGGCGGCGUGGCGGCGGGCGCGGGGGGGUGGCCGCAGCCCUAUGACGUCACCGUCACGCGCAACGAAGGCGAGGGCUUCGGCUUCGUCGUCAUCUCCUCCACCAACAAGGCGACUAGCACCAUCGGCCAGCUGAUACCUCUGUCGCCAGCGGCGCGGUGUGGAGCCCUGCGCGUGGGUGACACCAUCGUUGCCAUCAAUGGACAGCCUGUGCGGAACCUGGCGCAUCCCGAGGUGGUCGCUCUAAUCAAGCGUUCCGGCGCUAGCGUGACGCUCACGGUGCUGCCCGCCGACGCGCCACAGGACUGACGGCAGCUUUACCAUCGCCCACCACCGGGGAUGCAAGUGCCCUUCACUCCAGUGAGGUUGGUCACUCGCAGCACAUCUCGAUGGAGCCUCGCCUCCAACUCUUGCAAUGAUUUGUUUUAGAUCAGUUUAGUCUGUACAUCAUUUGCAGCUGUUACCAUCAAAUAUCCACAAAAUAAUAUAUUGGGUCCAAAUGCGUUGUCUCCCAUUCCUUAAAAUUAUAUAGAGGUUAUAUAAUGUCCCCACAAUCAACCACAAAAAAUACAUUAAUUUUUCACCGUAUGUAUAGUAGCCACUAUCUAUUUGGGUGUAAAAUGUGUAUAGUGUACCUCUACCCGAUUAUCAGUACUUAAUAUUUACAUUACUAUAGCUAUUGCCAAUGGUUUUUAACGCCUUGAAGUUACACGUAAGCUGAAUAAAAGCAACCUACGACAAAAAGGUGAAGAGAUAAAAGCGGGUAAAGAAGCAAACUUCAGGGCUUUUAGUACACCCAACACAUAUUUGACUUCGUUGUAAAUGACGUGGAUAUUCCAAACUUCGCUCAGUAACCGUCCUCCAUUGUGUAAAGCAAGAAGACAUAGCUUUAAUAAUACAAUCAUAUUGUAAGUAAUUUUAAUUAAGGUAUAUGUUAACCGCUUCUAAGCGGUGUAAGCCAGUACAUUGUUACAUAAUGUCGGAAGAAAGUACGUUUUAUACUGACUGAAGUAAGUUUCGAUUCAAGUUGAAGUCAAGGAGUGUAAAAUACAGUUAAGUUGUACUUAAAGUUGAAGUACUUAUCAGUUAGGGUCACGUGUAAACUCGUUGAGGGCUGGAUAGACUAUUUUUGAUGGUAAAUAUAAUUACCGAAACGCUCUUACAAUACAGGUCAUGUCACAGCGUAGCAUAAGUGCUCAUACGCCUUCGAAAUGUCACCAUUCUAAAGUUGACGAAAUCGAUUAUAUUUGACUAAAAUUUAUCAGUUGUAAAUUUUGAAAAUUCUCGAAUAAAGUAAAUAUUAUUUAAAAAAAAACUACAUUUGUCUUUGGAGUAAAGUAAGAUAGGUGAUAUAUUUUAGUUCGAACUUUAUUUAGGGAUCCUUGUGAAGGUAAUUUUGCUCAUUGUGUGGAUUGUUGAAAAUAUUUAAGGCUGAAUUAUCGAUAUAAUUAUGACAGCUAAGUAUUUUUAUAAGCAUUGUUGUUACUGUUAAUCAUAGGCGUAAUAGGAAUGUUUUGGUAAUAUUUACCACAUUUUUUAUUAUUAUACCCAAGUUAAAUCACCCGUGGUGUAGAAGUGGUUAAUUUUAGGAAUGCCAUAGACUCUUACAUAAAAAAUACUUGGUGUUCUUGCACACCGCUUAUAAACAACAAGAUGUAUCAACUUUAACGUGUGAAUUGUAUUUAAACUUGACAAUGAAACGGAGUCGCAAUUAAGAGUAUAAAUUCAAGAAAACAAAUCGGUAUAGGGUAUAUAUGUAACAGCAAUUAGAAAAAUAGAAAUCCCUCUGUGAAAGCAGCAUUAAAAUUUGAUAAGAAAUGAGGCAGUAAUUCAAAUUUCAAAUAUUGCAACGUGCAGGAGUGGGCGUGAAGUGGGGAUAUCGAUCCAUCUCUUUCUUUCACACGUAUCGUAAUGCCCACUGACGUCACAUGCAAGUAUUUCGUCCCUUUUCUUAUUUUUGACACGUCUACUACCUAAUUUAAAUGGCUUAUAACUUGCAGAUUUUUCACGAGAUUUCAAUGAUUUAUCUGUUUUACAAUUUAUACCACAUGCAUAUUUUGUAAAAAUUAUAAAUAAAUAAGUCAAAUACCCAAUCCAUAUUUUAUGACUCAUAAUAUAUAAGCUCAAGUGUGCUAAUACUUCCAGAAACAGUAAAACGUCCCGUCCUGUAAAACCAAAUUCGGUAGCUAUUUUAAACCUUGAUAACAAUUGAUUUUAGUAGUAAAAAUAUUAGAUAACAAUUAGGUUUAUGGAAAUAUUCUUCCUUCGUAUUUGUAAAUAGUAUCUUCCAAGUAAGUUAAUAGGUAAGAAUGUAAUUGAUGCUACUUAAUACUGUUAUCAAAUAAUCGUGUACAUAAUAUUUUUAUGUCAUUCCAAAAUUGAAGAUAUAGUCGUCAAUUUCUGAUAGUAACAUUACUAUAAAGAAUUUUAUUGAUUUAUGUUUGAUAAAGUCAAGGAAUGAAAGGCCAUAAAUGAUGAAUUAUACAGCAAUUUGAUGUAUAAAUGUGGUUGAUGGAUUUACUUGUUGUGAAGUUAAUCCAAUGAUUAAAGAAGAUUGAUAUUUUUAAUAUCGAUUAUACUAAUCGAUUUUUGAUGCAAGUAAAAUAAAUGCUAUAAAACACUUUAUAUCAAGUUAUCGCUUUCAUGUCUCGAAUAUCACAAAAUAAUCGAUUCAAAGCUCGAUUAAUCAUGAUCGAUUAUUCUUUUUAUAAAUUGUGUCACAUAAAAUGUAGGUGAUAUUGACUGAAAAGGAAUCUUAUUUAUUUAUAGUUGAAUGUUUUAAGCUUUUCUAGUUGGGACCACCGAGAUUAUACGAUCACUAGUUUUACACAUUUGACGUUAAAAAAUUUAAUCUAUUAUUAAGAUAGUGUUUUUUCUGCGGCGUCACUUGCCAAGACUUGAUAAUGUAUUCUAAUAAUGGUAUGUAAUUUUAAGUAGAUCCAGUUGUUAAAAUAAUAUAAUAAUUAUAAAGAAAUUGAUAAUAUUCCUUGUAUAACAAAGAACUUCCAUGUCUAUAUUUUAGCCCAAACUCGUCCAAUUAUAAAAUAUAUUUACUCCAAUCAUUGUUAUUGUGUAUAGAUGUAGUAAUAAUUUGAAAUUGUAUUAAUUAGUCAUAAUAGCCUUAUUCGUAAAUUUUAUUAGCAAAGUUAAUCGUUUAUCUCAUUCGAAUGACUUCAAGAAUCUAUUCGAAUUGUAAUAUUAUCGAUACUUUGAAACAAGCAUUACGGAAAAAGACUCAUUAACUUCCUCAUCAAGAUCAGCAGCAUAUAAACAAACUAUUUUAUCUCUCUUACUCUUAGCUGAACUAGAAAGAGACAAAACAUUUGCUAAUAAAUAUUUAUGAAUAAGCGAAGAAAAUUGCAAUGUAUAAGUGCCUUUUGUGAACAGUCGUGCCGCACCUUAUAUUUAUGUACUCGAUCACCCAAAGAUGUUAUAUCGACCGGAUUUUAAUAUAGACUUUAGCGCCUUAGUUUAAGACCUAGGUUUUAGACAGUUUUAGUUAGCUGUGAGUACCUUUUGAGCAUAUAUAUAUAUUAAUUGUAAUUAUAUUUCCAAUUUAGUUUUUCACUAAGGAACCUGAUAAACGUUCUAAGCCUGUUUAUGAAUUUGUGAAUCUCACGUUUAUAGCAAUAACCCAUUGCCAUUAUUCGUCCAAUGGAAUGAUCCGAAAGAUGACAAAUAAGGAAAUUAAAUAUAUCAA